AUGAACCUCGCUCGACACUCCAUCACCCCCACCAAGCCGGUCCUCAUCCUAGACGCUAGGUUCGAUGCCGACUGCGCCAUAUUCACCGUCUCCACCCCGGCCGGCUUUGCCGUGUACCAGUCCCACCCGCUGAGGCUGCUCCGGACGCGAGAGAUCACCGGAGGCACGCUGACCACCGUCCUACCUUGCCAUACCUCGUCGCUGCUGUUCCUCGUCGGGGGAGGGCGCAGUCCGCGGUACCCUCCGAACAAGGUCGUCUUCUGGGACGAUGCGCUGGGCAAGGAGGUAGCCGAACUCGAAUUCCGCGAGCGAGUGCGCGGCCUGGCGUGCAGGCGCGGAUGGCUCGCCGUCGCUCUCAGGCGGCGCGUGGUCGUCUUUCAGCUCGGCGCGAGCGUGUCGCGGUACGGAGAAUGGGAUACAUCGGAUAAUCCCAGAGGGCUCUUGACGCUGGCGACCGGCGCGUACGCCACGCUCCUGGCUAUACCGGGUAAACAGCUCGGCCACGUCCACCUCGUCCACCUACCCCCGUGCGCCCCUCCGACGCCCGUGGGCCCUCCGUCCGCCCCGCCACCCAAGCCUCCGCCGCCGCUACGCGGCGAUCCCGUCCCGAUCAUCGCCGCCCACACCUCGGCGCUGAACACGUUGACGUCCUCGCCCUCCGGCAGGCUGCUCGCCACGACGUCGGAGCGCGGCACCCUCGUUCGCGUCUGGGAUGCGCACACGGGCAAGCUCGCGCGGGAAUUCCGGCGGGGGAGCGACAAGGCGGUGAUCUACGGCGUUGCGUUCCGGCCCGACGAGGCUGAGCUAUGCGUCUGGAGCGAUAAGGGCACCGUGCACGUUUUCGCGCUGGUUUCAUCAGGUCCAGGCCCGUCGAAUCGCCAAUCGACGUUCUCGCCCUUGACGCCCUUCCUGCCGCUGCCCAAGUACUUCGACUCGGAGUGGUCGUACGCGCAGUAUCGGAUACCCGCGCAGUCGGCGCAUAUCUCUUUAUCGGCGCCUGGACCGAGGCCGUCCACGGAGGACGUGGUCGACGAGGAGCGCUGCGUGGUCGGCUGGAUCGAGGCUCCUAGAGAAGACGAGCGCAAGGGCGAAUUUCAGCUGAUCGUUCUUACAUACUCCGGGGGAUGGUAUCGACUAUCGUUGCCGAAGUCUGGGACGUCGGGAUCCGGUGCGCAUAAUCAGCAGCGGCACCCAACCUCGCCGAUGUCGAGCUCUCCCCCGAGCGUGAAGAAUUUCCCUGGUGUCAGGUCGCGUGCGCGCUCCAGCAGCGGGUCCUCGGCUCGGGGUCGCGACAAGGGCAAGGAGCGGGAGCAUGAAGGUCGCGAUUGCACCUUGCAGGAGUUCCGCCGCUUCGGACGCUGGGAUGGUUGGGGCUGA